UUAUUAAUUGCAUACUUGGAUGAAAAUAAAAUGUUGGGAAGCUUAUAAAUAUUGAGUGCAAUUCUCAAUACUGCAGCACAAUGGCAGGUUCAUAUGUGAGUCCAUUUUCCUCCUAUGACAACGUAGGUGAUUCCGAAAACCUUCACAAGAAGCUCCUUGACUUCAGAUGCUCGAUAUGCAACAAACAUUUAUCCGUACCUCCGAUAGACCAUUUAAAAAACGAGGGUAUGAGAUGCGGUAGAUGUUCCUACAUACCUCUAGAACUAGCUGAGAGAGCAUCUAUUUUCGAAAGAACAGCAGCCGAAAUGUCAUUCCCAUGCUCGUUUAAAAAUUGCCAUGAGAUAUUGCGUUGGGGCGAAGUUCAUAUGCAUGAAAUAAUUUGCCCAAAAAGGGACUUCGAGUGUCCCUUCUUGUGUGACAAGCUAAAUAAGUCCGAUGAGAUGCUAAACCACUUUAUGACCGAACACCAUGAGAAGAAGCUAGGAAGCCAGUGGAAAAUCCAAGUUAGAACUGAGGAUUUCUCAGUGUUCUUCUUCGAGCAUGAAGGUGAUCUGUAUGUGGUUCGCUGCUUCACCAGCAAGCAAAAAGCUGCAUUUGAUGUCUUUACUUAUGCAACACCGAUGAAUAGUCCCAUGUUCGAACUGGCGAUAACUUCAUCAGAUGCUGCGACUGCGACUAUCAUGGAUCAGAACGUCAGCUGCAUCAGAACCUUCCCAACUUGUUGGAAGUGUUUCAUGAGGAGUUGUCAAAACAAGUAUCACGUGGGUGACCUUGGUGGCAGUGGAACCAACGUUGCCAACAGUUUCUUGAGGAGAAUGUUGGGUUCUGCUGGAAGGUUGAGCUGCGAGCUUGAUAUUAGAGUUGGAUAAUAGAUUGAUUGGUCGUACUUGGACGUGUACUAUACCAGGUGUAAUAGGAUCAUGGUACACCGAACUAUUUUGAUGAACUCAAAUUGGCGAUAAACCUCAUUUGACUGUUCUAUCUAUACUUCAUUGCGACCUCGAAAUACUCCUUGCGUGGAAAAUGUGAAUCAAUUGAUCGUCGUGCAGCAAAAUCAAUCUCUUCACAUAUCUGCAAUAUCUUGAAACUGAGAUCUUUCAUAAUAAACGAAUAGUCUGUAUAUAUACUCCACCUGUAUUGUGGUCUGUAUUAUUUUAUAUCUACCGAAUAAUUUUUUAUCCCAUGCUUCGUAUUGUAGCAACACUUCCAUGUAACGUUUCAUUAUUUUUUUGUACAUAAUAUAGAACAUUUCUGUCAACUUCUUGAUUGCCAUAAUGAUGUGUGUAUCUAUGUAAGGUAUAUUCUCUUAAUUUCGGGGUUAGGACUUAAUUUAUAUCAACUAUAUUGUGUUUUGUUAGUAAGUUUUUUUUUUUCAUUCGUUUCAUACCAUGCUCCCUUUUUUUUUAGCAUCACUUUCAUGUAGCUUCCAUUAUUUUGGUACAUAAUAUGGAACAUUUGUGUCAACUUGUUCACUAAUAUUCAUUUGUACUAUGUAUGGUAUAUUCUUAUUUUCAGGUUCAGGUCUAAAUUCGAUUUCAUAUUAAUAUUCAUAUUCAAUUAGUAAUUCCUGUAAUUCUACCAAAUUUCUUGUUUAUAAAACUUAAUGUUUUGUGUGAAGAAUAAAUGAAUAAUAAUAAAAUAAUGAUAAAUUUGCGAUAAACCAAGAAAUUUUACAUUUCAGACAGGAUUCAGUUUUUUUCAGCUUUGCACCUCCUCAUAUGGUG